CUUAGUUCCAAAAUUAUUAAAAAAAUGGACAACUCCUUAUACAGCUUUGGCACCAAAAGCAAAAAUGACCCUUCUAAAUCAUCGAUUCUAGAUUUCAUGAAGAGCAGAAUAUCCCAAAAUCCCUUAAAAUUCACAAAAUCUCAGCCUAUAUAGACCAAAAAGUCGAAAUCACUGAGAAAGACAGGAAAGAUGUCCCAAUAAUGAAGGUCCUCGAGGAAGGAGCCGACCUUGACUAUAGCAGCAGUGAGCUAGCCAGCAACGAAGAAGAGAAGGACAGAAUCAGGCAGCGAAAGAAGUUCAGUAAGCAACCUAGUUUUGGUAACAAGGAAGAUGUCGCAGGUCUCACCAAGUAUGAAAAUUUGGAUCAUAGAAAAUCAGACCAUGACCAGAGUAAUACCUCCAUCAUGGCAUUGAAAUAAAGCUUAUUUCAAUAACCAUGAUGAUGAAGAAUCUAGUGAGGAAAGUUACAAUGAUGGCUCAGAAGAAGCAGAGGAAAGUGAGUACGAAUACUCUGAUCAAUACGAAGAAGACGAAGGAGAUGAUGAAAAAUACUUCAUCAAGCCAUUCAGGAAGAACCAUUCAUUUGAACCAAAAAGAGUAAGAAUAAACUCAUAUAAUUCACCUGAGCUUAAGCACAGAGACUUUUUCUUCAGGGAAUUAGAGGGGAUGAAGAUAAAUGAAGUACCUAGGUUUAACAGCAAUGGUUCCAUGAAAUUAGCAGCAGACAAAAAGAGUCAUCAUAAAUCAAAGAGAAAAAGAACUUAUAGCAAUCCUGAUGAAGAGAAACAGAAAAUUCUCCAAGAGCAAGAAGAGAAUUUCAAGAUCGAAUUGGAAAAGAUAGAGAGGGAAAAAUGUAUAGCUGACCCAGACCGGAAACAUAUGCUGCAGGAAGCUAAUAUAUUCUUGAAGAAAGUCACCAUCGGCCAAAAUCAGAAUAACAAGGAGAAUAAUGAUGCUGCUCUGAGUAAUGCUGAUGAAGACCCCCAGAAUUAUAUAAUUGACUGGAAACAAGCCAUUGAUCACCGAUCAGAGUAUUUAUUAAAAGAUAAAGGCAUUUUUAAAUCUAGAAGAGUUGUCUUCGCACAGAAAGGUGGAUACCCUACAAUUAUGACCAGUUUAAUCAUGCCUAAAGCUGUGAGAGAUUAUGAUGUAAAAAUGAACCAAUUUAGAAGAAUGAAGGAACUAAUGAUAGACUCCAGCUCAAGUUCAGAUCAGGACCUAUUCUCACAGACAGAUUCUGACUACUUCGGUAGCUCUGACUCAGAAGGAGACAAAUUUGACCUUCCUUUACAAAUAUAUGACUUCGAGCCAUUAUUCUUGGAAGACUCUAAAAUAGGAAGAGCUUAUGUGAUCAACCUCUCAGCAUAUCGGAUAAGCAUGAACCCAUAUGUGAGCUCACAGAAGCUAGACGAAGACUUAGACAGGAACUGGAGGAAGAAAUACCCUCACAUUACUGGCAUCUCUUUGCCAAAAAUCAGGGAAGAGAAAUAUAGUGUAUGUGAGCACUUUUUACAAGGCGAAGGCUUCAGACUCCCUCUCAUAAUCCUUACUAGAAGCUGGGUCUGAUUUGAGAGAUUGGUCCUCAGAAAUGUAGUCAAUGAGUCAGAAUGUAAGAACAUCCUAGCUACUUGUAUCAUGAUGAAUUACAAGUUCUUCCUUGAUUAUGGAGAGUCACAGGAAAGACAGAAGAAUUUAGAGAAAUUACACAUCUGUAUUGGAGCUUACACUGAUAUCUUUGGGUACAAGAAAACUUUGUUUAAAAAUGAGCUCAAGGUACUUAAAGGGCUGAACUACAGUCUGAGUUGUGCUGACAAUUGAUUGACUUCUCAUGUGAAAUCUUUUCUUACAAUGCUAGAUAUGACAUUUAAGGAGUAUGAAGAUGAAUGCCAAAUUGAGAGUUCGGAGUAAAAAAUUCAAUUUUAA